AUGCCCAGCCCAACUAAUCAGGAUCACUCAACCUCCAUCCCUCAACUGGGGCCCACACAGUUCGCCCCCGGGCCCAGCAACAUUCACCAGCCACAGCCAUCCUCGCCCGGCUCUGGCACUCAUCGAUCUCUUAGGAAGCUGGCCUCUGCUCACAACCUCACAACCCAUCCGGCUCCAUACUCUGGCCCGACAAAUCUCAGGGCCUCGACGGUAGUGUCGAACCCACCCUCCCUCAUCGCACAGCAGCGACUGGCCGUACAGCAGCAGCAACACCAACAGCACUACCACCACCGCGGCCUCGCCCCCGCGAGGAGACAUGCCAGCACCACCUUCAACGCAUCUCCCUCGCGCGCCAGAGCCAACAGCGACGCUCCAGUUGCCCUCCAAUUGAACGCUGCUGCUGCAGCAAUGUCCUCCCAGGCCCUGCGCAACAGCGGAGCCCUGGCCGGUCGCACCCUCGCUCACGAUGCACUGUCGCUCGAGCGGCUCAUCAGAGAUGGUCCGCCCGACGGCGAUUUCGAGAGUGCCCUUGAAUCGGCCAGGAUCAAGGUCUUGAAGCAAGAAAUCAAGAGCGACAGUGAUGGCAUGGUAAGCCGUUCCGAGUCUCCACAAUUGUGCUUUGCGCCGCCGACUGACACCUGCCGCCGUCCAUGCAUGCAGUCUAAGUUACGCAUAUACGUCUGGCUCAUCAUGCUCGACGCCCCGGUCCUCAGCACCGACGACUACCUCGGCUUUGUCCACCGCGGCGCGUCGCCCGCCUACUCCAAGAUACGCAACGACACCUUCCGCACCCUGACCACCGACCCUCUGUUCCGCCGCCGUGUCAGCGAGGCCAGUCUCAUCCGCCUCCUCAACGCCAUUGCUUGGAAACUCCACGACUCCAGGCCGCAAAACCCUGUCCCAAGUAGCCGGCAGUCCCUACCCGCCCACCAGGAAACACCAACACACGGCUCCCACGGCGGCCACACAUCUCACGGCUCCAGUCCGGCCGCCAAGAACCGCGCCCGCGCCUUGACGCUCACCACCGAAGGGUCCGAGAGCAGCAUGGCCCCCGAGGCGGGCACCUACGUCCAGGGGAUGAACGUCCUGGCCGCACCUUUCCUGUACGCGGCGCGCAGCGAGGCCGAGGCCUUCGUGGCAUUUCACCAGCUACUCACCAGGGAGUGCCCGGGGUACAUCCGCGGCGCCAUGGAUGGGGUCCACCGGGGCCUGAAGCUGGUCGACAAGGUGCUCGGAAUAGUGGACGCCAAACUGAGCAUGUUCCUGACGUCCAAGGGCAUGCAGGCGGAGCUCUAUGCUUUCCCCAGUGUGAUGACGCUGUGCGCCUGCACGCCGCCGCUGCCUGAGGUGUUGAGGUUGUGGGAUUUCUUGUUCGCGUAUGGGCCUCACCUGAAUAUCGUUUGCAUUGCCGCGCAGUUGGUCAUCCAUCGCGAUGAGCUCAUGGCCUCGCCUAACCCCAGCCAUUUUCUGCGAACAUUCCCGGCCCUGAAUGCCGAGAAGGUGCAGGCUAUGACCCUUGCCCUUUUGGCGAAGCUACCGGAUGAUGUGUACGCUGAGAUUGUUUCGCACGCGAUGUGA